AUAAGUGCACCUACCUGACACUUCCUGCUGUUGGUAUUUAUAUAUAUAUUUCCCCCCCUUUUCGAAUAGCAAUUUUACACAUCACUGCCAUGUUUGUAUGAUUUCGUCAAAUGUAUCGCGUACGGUCUGUGGACCCUGCGGUUCAAGCGUUGCGACCUUGGCUUCAUGUUCGCCUGAAAGGAGGAACCCGUCGGCGGCAGCGAAGCACCGCUCGGAUAUAUAGGAGCACAGUGAUUGAACUAUUUUAUGUGGACCUGUAUUGUCUUUUUUGUUGAUACGGUAGCAGCGGCGGCGGCGGCGAGGGACCCUGAUUUGUGGAGCAGCAUGGGUGAGAGGUUAUGUGUGCCAUCCAGCUAAGGGCCUCUGUCGCCCCGACCUGUGCAUCCCACCUGUCCCUCAGUGAGCAUGUAUCGCAGGAACGGGCUCUCAGAUGGCACCAGCAUCAACUCGGUCACCUCAGAGGCCAGCAGUAGCUCUGACUCCUUAGAUGGGCCUGGUGUGGACUACGCCAAAAGCUACGAUGCAGUCGUCUUUGAUGUGCUGAAGGUGACACCAGAGGAGUUUGCCAGCCAAAUCACCCUGAUGGAUGCCCCAGUAUUCAAAGCGAUACAACCAGAGGAGCUGGCAAGCUGUGGAUGGAACAGGAAGGAGAAACACACGCUGGCUCCCAAUGUGGUGGCAUUCACACGCCGGUUCAACCAGGUAAGCUUUUGGCUCGUGAGAGAAAUUUUGACUGCCCAGACUCUGAAAAUCCGAGCGGAAAUCCUGAGCCAUUUUGUCAAAAUAGCAAAGAAACUCCUGGAGCUGAACAACCUCCACUCUUUGGUGUCUGUGGUAUCGGCCCUGCAGAGCGCUCCCAUAUUCAGACUGAGCAAAACCUGGGCGUUGAUCAGCCGGAAAGACAAGGCCACAUUUGAGAAGCUCAACUACUUGACAUCGAAGGAGGAGAACUACACUCGCAUGAGAGAAUACAUCCGUUCCCUCAAGAUGGUGCCCUGUAUUCCCUACCUCGGGAUCUACCUGUUGGACAUGAUCUACAUAGACUCAGCCUACCCUGCAUCAGAUAGCAUCCUGGAGACCGAGCAGCGGACCAACCAGAUGAAUAAUCUUCUGAGGGUUAUCUCUGACCUGCAGAUGUCAUGUAAAUACGAUCACCUGGUGACCCUCCCACACGUCCAGAAGUACCUGAUGUCAGUUCGCUACAUUGAGGAGCUGCAGAAGUUUGUAGAGGAUGACAAUUUCAAAUUAUCUCUCAAGAUUGAACCUGGCAGCAGUUCUCCUCGCAUUGCCUCUUCUAAGGAAGACCUAGCAGGUCUAUCCGAGGUGUCUGCCUCUGUGAGGUACAAUCGACGGCCUACUUGCCCUGAUGCCUCUGUAGGGGUUCAUGUUCCCACCCCGCCGCCCUCUCACCACAGGAAGAGCCAUAGUCUGGGAAACAAUAUGAUGUGUCAGUAUGGCAUGUCGGAGAGUAAGAGUGCCACAUUUCCCAUAGAGAAAGCCAGACACCUGCUGGACGACAGCUUCCUCGAGUCUCAGAGUCCAGCUAGGAAUGACCCACACAGUACAUCACUGUCCAAUGGCUUAUCUUUAGGCAGCAGUGAAAGCUCAUUUGGGGAGGAGCUAUCACCUGGGAUGGAAAGAGGCCGCAUGUAUGCAACACUGGGCCCCAACUGGAGGGUCCCGCUACGCAAUUCCCCUCGGAGCCGCAGCUAUGUUUACAGCCCCUCUGGUGCCAACUCUUGCUAUGGAUGCAGUGAGGUGGGCAGUGUUAUCAUCGAGGGGCCUCUUCGAAGGAAGACCCUGCUGAAGGAGGGCCGAAAGCCCAAGUUGUCAUCGUGGACGAGAUUUUGGAUCACUCUCUCCGGAUCAACACUGACGUUCUACGGGGCAAAAGCACUGAGGGCCUCUGAGAGGAAGCAUUACAAAUCCACACCUUGUAAAAAGGUAUGUGUGACGGGAUGGAUGGUGGUCCUUCCAGAUGACCCAGCCAGACCCAACAUUUUCCAACUAAAUGACCCAGACAAAGGCAAUGUUUACAAGUUCCAGACUGGAUCCAGGUUUUCAGCAAUCAUCUGGCAUAAAAACCUGGAAGAGGCUUGUAGAAGCAAUAGACCUCAGAUACCAGCAAACCUCAUGUCAUUUGAGUGAGAGAAGACCUUAACCAAUGGGAAAUUAUUGUGCCAAACCUAUUGACUCGAUUUGGGAGUCCAGUGAACUUUGGACUAAAUGAUGGAACACGUGGAUUUUCAUGGUAUCUGCCGAAACGUUAGUGAAGAAGCAUCUGAUGUCUGAUACUUCACACUGUAUAGGAAGCUCUUUCAUACUGGAUGUGCUCCUGCAUAUACUGACACACCUGCUAGCUUCUUAGCAAGGACUAACUGUGAUGCCAAUGCCGGAGAAAUCUAGUCAACGGAGGAUAGUGGUGAGAUUGACAUGUUCCUUUUUUCUUUGUCUAAGCUUUUUCAUUCAUCGUCAUUUGUUAUGCUGCUAUAAACAUGUGAGCAAGCACAUUGGUUUUUUGGCCCAUGUUGGGUUUCUGCUUGCGUGGAAAAAAUGCUUAAAUGCACAAAUAUGACAGUAUUUGUUAAAUGAGGUAUCAUACAACCAAAGGUCAGCACUGCAGCAAAAGGACAAGACAAAAUAAAUUUCACCCUCUUGAGCCCCGGGACACAAAGAAGGAAUGAGUUCUUUUUCUGAGAGAUGUGCCAGAGGUACAGAAAAAAUGACCUAUUGAAUUGUCUUUUAAAAGGCUACAUUUUAUUGUUUAUAUAUAUUUUAAAAAAAUUAAGCACAGCCCUAAAAUCGGUUCUCCUCAUACCCAUGCCACCUCAGUGGGUAGUCCUAUUAUAAAUGGUGUUUGCUGGCGUACAAACAUUAAAAUAAAAAAUUUUGCUUUGCAAUGUUUACAAAUGGCAAAUGCUUAUUCUCUAUGGUACAACUAAACACCAUGAAAACAGCUGAUUUUUACAAAAAAAAAUGGCAAACAAGAUGAAAAUUGCAGUCCCUUGUGAAAAAGACAGCGACUCCAUCUCCCUCAGCACCAGUUUGCCUGUAGGCUGCAGAGCUGGUCAGGUUCAUUUAAAUCCAUUUCCAGUUAAGUAGCUAGCUUUCAUCAGUUCAUGUGAAGUGCAUUUAUUUAUUUGUACAAGCUCAGUUUUAGACAAUUGGCCAACAAAGGGAAAGUGUGCGAUGUUUAAUGCUCUUUUUGAUUCACUCCCCAUUCGGAGGAUGAAGCUCAUCAGAGAGUGUGAUGGUGGAAAUCCCACCCUAAAAGUUUGUUUAAUUUGAAAUAUCAAUUUAAGGAACACAGGAUUAAAGGAGGGACUUCAUCAGUGUUGGUGCUGCUGUGACUACAUGACUUGCUUUAAAAGCACAAUCUAAUUUUAAAUUUCAGACUUGUUUCUGAGAAAUAUGGUAAAAAUCAUCAAAAUGAAAAUGAAGCUCGUAAUUCACGUGAAAUAAUUGAAGCCAUAUUUCUAAUGUAUUCCCUGUUGUGAAGUAUGACAAUUGCCAUUUAUGAUGUGAAAAUCAUAACUAGAAAUAUUGAUGAGUUUUGAAAGAAUUAUCUGUCAAGAGUGAGAUUUAGCAUCUGUUUUCAUUUGAGUUGAAUAAAUUCUUUUUAUUGUUUUGUUUUGUAAAAAAAAAAGAAAAAAUGUGUUUCUGCCGCUCACCAAAGGGUGUAUGACUGAGCCAAUGUUUUGUUUAGUACUUUGUAUUGUAUUAUUGUUUAAAAUGAAGGACUGACCUUUCUCAUAAAUCUUGAUAAAAGAUUGUGCAUUGCAUCACUUGGGUUGAAUCACUUUUUCAAAUUUAAAUGGAAAAAGCAUUUUGCUUUCACAUGAUUUUUUCCGUGGUAGCUGCAUAUCAUCCAGCGUUCAUGACAUUUUUGUUUCUGUGCAUUUUAAAUUUUCCAUAAAAAGGUGAAAGUUUAAGAAAGUUGUACCUACAGUCUUAAAGAAUACCUAAAACACACACCCGAAUAUGUAUGAAGUCUGACCUCUAGUGGUGAGAAGUAGAGUCUGUUGGAUGGUGACAUCACCUGCCACCAAACACCAGACACUCUACUUCUCACCACUAGGGGUCAGGCUUCAUACAGAUUUGGAUUUUGGGUUCAGUUAAUCUUUAAAGACUUGAAUUAUUUUGCUUGGAUUGCCGGCAAACAAGCUCUUGAUCUCUAGUUCUCCGUUUUAUGACAAGUAUGUGUGGAUGAUGUAGUUUUCACUAACUUGUUGUGUCUUUAAUUUGCCCAUCUAAUUUAUUAGCAUUUGUCUUCAACCAAUGAUUAUGGAGUGAUAUGGGAGUGAUCAAAAAGAAGAGGGAAUGUGAUGGCAAACAGACUUUGACUACUUUGAUCUCAAUUGUCCACUUAGAACUCAUGGAAGUGGACAGUAGUUAUCAAUCAAAUGGAUUAAAAAAUGCACUGCAAA